CACUUUCUGUUCCGGGGUAAGGGAGGCCGGCGGCAGCGGCGCGAGGGUGAGCCGAUUCCGUCGCGGACCCCCAGGUAGUUUGAGCAAGAAGAUGAUAUCUCUGUCCAUCAGAUGGCCACUGGCAACCAUGCUGUUUCUACCGUCCUCAUUGCUGAUUCUCUUAACUGUGUCAACUCCUUCGUCGUGUCAGAGCAGUGACAUGAUGUCUCCAAAAGCUGGUAAUGGGACUCCGUUCCCCUGGGAGAAAAUGCGACUUCCUGAGCACAUCAUCCCAGUUUAUUAUGAUCUCCUGAUCCAUGUAAAUCUCACGACUCUGACUUUUGAGGGAACCACGGAGAUAGAAAUCACAGCCAGCCAGCCUACUAGUACCAUCAUCCUGCACAGUCACCUCCUGCAAAUAUCUAAGGCCACGCUCAAGACGAGAGUCGGAGAGAGGCUCUCUGCAGAACCCUUGAGAGUCCUGGAGUACCCGCCUCAUGAACAAAUCGCACUUCUGGCUCCCGAGCCCCUGGCUGUUGGGAUCCCAUACACAGUUGUCAUUGACUACGCUGGCCGUCUUUCUGAGCAUUUAAAUGGAUUUUAUAAAAGCACUUACAGGACCAAGGAAGGGGAAGUGAGAGUACUUGCAUCAACACACUUUGAACCCACUGCAGCCAGAAUGGCCUUUCCCUGCUUUGAUGAACCUGCCUUCAAAGCGAAUUUUUCAGUCAAGAUCAGACGGGAGCCAAGACACCUCGCCAUCUCCAAUAUGCCACUGGUUAAAUCUGUGACUGUUGCUGAAGGACUCAUAGAAGACCAUUUUGAUGUCACUGUGAAGAUGAGCACCUACCUGGUGGCUUUCAUUAUUUCAGAUUUUAAGUCUAUUAGCAAGAUGACCAAGAGCGGAGUCAAGGUUUCCGUAUACUCUGUGCCAGACAAGAUCCAUCAGGCAGAUUAUGCACUGGAUACCGCAGUGACUCUUCUAGAAUUUUACGAGGAUUAUUUCAGCAUUCCAUAUCCCUUACCCAAACAAGAUCUUGCCGCUAUUCCGGACUUUGAGAGUGGUGCUAUGGAAAACUGGGGACUGACCACAUACAGAGAAUCUAGUCUCUUGUUUGACAUUGAGAAGUCUUCGGCAGCAGAUAAGCUUGGCGUUACUAUGAUAGUGUCGCAUGAACUCGCCCACCAGUGGUUUGGGAACCUCGUCACCAUGCAAUGGUGGAAUGAUCUUUGGUUAAAUGAGGGAUUUGCCAAGUUUAUGGAGUUUGUGUCGGUCAGUGUGACUCAUCCUGAAAUGAAAGUUGAUGAUUAUUUCUUCGGCAAGUGUUUUAAUGUGAUGGAGGUAGAUGCAUUAAAUUCUUCACACCCUAUUUCAACAGCUGUGGAGGAUCCUGCUCAGAUUCGGGAGAUGUUUGAUGAGGUUUCUUAUGAAAAGGGAGCUUGUAUUCUGAAUAUGCUGAGGGAUUAUCUCGGUGCCGACGCAUUUAAAAGCGGUAUUGUGCAGUAUCUCCAGAAGUACAGCUACAGAAACACAAGAAAUGAGGACCUUUGGGAUCGUAUGGCAAGUAUUUGCCCUACAGAUGGCACAGAAAGGAUGGAUGGCUUUUGCUCCAGGGAUCCGCAUUCAUCUUCAACCUCACACUGGCGACAGGAAGGCCUUGAUGUAAAAACCAUGAUGAACACGUGGACGCUGCAGAAGGGCUUUCCCCUGAUAACGGUCACGGUGAGGGGGAGGAACGUGCACAUGAGGCAGGAGCACUACAGGAAAGCACCCGAGGACGCCUCAGAAACUGGGUACCUGUGGCAUGUUCCAUUGACAUUCAUUACCAGCAAAUCAGACUCAGUUCAAAGAUUUUUGCUGAAGACAAAAACAGAUGUGCUCAUCCUUCCAGAAGAGGUAGAAUGGAUCAAAUUUAAUGUUGGAAUGAACGGUUAUUACAUUGUGCAUUAUGAGAAUGAUGGAUGGGAUUCUUUGACUGGCCUUUUAAAAGGCGCACACACAACAGUCAGCAGCAAUGACCGGGCCAGUCUCAUCAACAAUGCAUUUCAGCUCGUCAGCAAUGGGAAGCUAUCAAUUGAAAAAGCUUUGGAUUUAACCCUGUACUUGAAACGUGAAACUGAAAUUAUGCCAGUGUUCCAAGGUUUGAAUGAGCUGAUACCUAUGUAUAAAUUGAUGGAGAAAAGAGAUAUGAAUGAAGUGGAAAAUCAAUUCAAGGCCUUUCUCCUGUGGCUGCUGAGGGACCUCAUUGAUAGUCAGACGUGGACAGAUGAGGGCUCAGUCUCCCAGCGCAUGCUGCGGAGUCAGCUGCUGCUCCUUGCGUGUGUGCGCAAGUAUCAGCCCUGCGUGCGGAGGGCAGAAGCCUACUUCAGAGAGUGGAAGGAAGCCGAUGGAAAUUUGAGCCUGCCCAGCGACGUGACCUUGGCAGUGUUUGCUGUGGGGGUCCAGAACCCUGAAGGAUGGGAUUUUCUUUAUAGAAAGUAUCAGUCAUCGUUGUCUACUUCUGAGAAAGAAAAAAUUGAAUUUGCCCUCUGUAUUAGCCAAGAUGAGGACAAGCUUCAGUGGCUACUAGAUGAAGGUUUUAAGGGAGAUGUAAUAAAAAUUCAAGAGUUUCCACAUAUUCUUGGAGCUGUUGGUAGGAACCCGGUGGGAUAUCGAUUGGCCUGGCAGUUUCUGAGGGAAAAUUGGGAUAAACUGAUACAAAAGUUUGAACUUGGCUCAGCUUCCCUAACCUAUAUGGUAAUUGGAACAACAAGUCAGUUCUCCACAAGAGCACGGCUUGAAGAGGUAAAAGAAUUCUUCGGCUCUUUGAAAGAAAAGGGUUCUCAGCUACGUUGUGUCCAGCAAACAAUUGAAACCAUUGGGGAAAACAUCCGUUGGAUGGAUAAGAAUUUUGAGAAGAUCAGAGUGUGGCUACAGAGCGAGAAGCUUGAACUGCUCUAACAAACAGUUUGUUCCUCGCUGGUUCCUGUGAUGCAUUAUCGCUAAAUGUUGUCAAAUGUGAUUAUUUUCAAAUUAGAGAUGGCUGUUUUGGCUCCACUGAAGAUACUUCCUUUUCCUUCUUCCUCACUGGACUAUUCCUAUGAAAAGACUGGCGAUGGGUUACUGCUGCUGUGUCUUUUAUUGACAGGUGUUGCCCUGCAAUGUUAACCCAAGGGGUGGGUGGGUUCCCUACUGUGGAGGAGUACCUUAUUCCUUUUGUUUCCUUAUACUUAAGCCUUGUGCUUUCCAAAGCCCUGCUCCCCACGUGUGUGUCAUCCAUAAGCUAUUUAGCCACUGUCCCCUAAAGACUUGUGAAUAGUGGGGACUACUGAACAAUGAACACUUGGUUCAUCUGCUGCAGGCCCAGAGGGUGACCUAUAGGCCCAUGGCCUCAGACUUGUCGUCUCUCUUUUGGUCAGGCUUCCAGGCAGGCAGCUGGGAGCUGGGGUGGGAGAGUACAAGGGGGUUUUAUUACCCUGGUUCCCUGGCUGACCGCCACCCAAGCUAGCUGCUGAGAGGCGGCCCUCUUCCCCUCAGUCUUUUCAAAGUCUUCCUUCUUGUAGCAGCUUCCUCCUCUCAUCCCUCCAGGCUGAGGGAGGGCUGAAGUGAGCGCCCGGCUUUCACGGGCCCUGGUGGUACCUGUGGGCUCCUUCAGAGAACAAUUGCUUAUAACGGGGGGAAAAAAAUUUUUUUUGGAACCCUCCUCAAAUAAUCCUAAUUUGAGUGUGUGGUCUCCUUUCUCAGGGACCCUGAUAGUGUGUCCCUCUGAAAAAGCAGAGAGCAUUCAGGUCUAGAGGAGAAGCUUUCAUCUGAAGUUGAACCUGGGAGCUGUUGACCCUUGGGUAGGUGGUGCUUCUCCCUGCUUCGUGUCAGCCUAGCUCACAACUCCCCGGUAACUUGUUAGUGGCACUUAGUGCGACUAAGUCGCGGCAGUCUCCCAUAAAUUACUGUAUAACUGAAAAUACAAUUAGCGUGUGGACACUGUACUGUCUUUGAAGUCUUUUAUGAGUUUUAAUAUACUGUAAAACUUAAACGAAUAGGAUAUGAAAAAUGUCAAUGUGUUCUAAUACACUGUGGAACAGAGUGACUUCUGGACAUAAAUGUGUUUACAAUUCUAUUUUUAUAUGUAUUGCAUGGCCUGAUGGUUUGAGAAAUCAAAACCCGAAAUUGCUGGUAAUUUCCAACCCCGGUAUUAACCUUCUAAAAGACAUACAAAGCCAAGAUUUUAAUGUAAAAUAUUUUUAAUUGUGUUCUGUAUUUUGAUUGGAUGAAACAUGGAAAUAGUGGCCUUCAUUUCUCAUCACCUGCAGAACCUAUUUUAAUUUGCUUUUGUUGGCAAAGUCCCAUUUUCUAAAUAGAUACAAUAUUGCUAUAACAAUGUGCAAAUACCUUUUUUUUGGUACUAAAGAUUGUUUUCUUGGCCUCUGAGCAGACAUUUGCAAUGAUUUCCUCCUGAGCUAGGUUUCAAAGGACACCAGUUCUGUAGCUUGGUCUAAUCAUCGCCAAGUCUUGAAGACCUUUCUCAUGAACAAAAAGGCAUAUGCAGAGUGCCUUUUAUGUUUACUAUUACAAGCAUGCCUUAAAUCUUUGGAUUUAAAAGUACUUGUAUAUAUGCAAGUACUAAUACUGCAGCCGCUUCCCUGCACACUGUCAAUGCCGAUGGUUUCACUUAAAAACAAAAAACAAGAAAACCCCAACUUAAUACUAUAUAAUUAGAAUAGAAAUACAGUUAAAUCCUA